AUGGUCUUUGUCACGCUCAAGUACAUCAUCAUUGGCGACUCGGAAGUGGGCAAGUCGUCGCUCUUGCUCCAGUUCACCGAGCAGCACUUCCAGUCCGUCCACGACUUGACCAUUGGCGUGGAAUUCGGCGCCAAGUUGCUCCACGUGGACGGCCGCAACGUGAAGCUCGAGAUCUGGGACACGGCGGGCCAAGAGACGUUUCUGUCGAUCACCAGGAGUUACUAUCGCGGGGCAGACGGGGCUCUGCUCGUGUACGACGUGAGUCGACGCGCGAGUUUCGACCACUUGAGUCGAUGGCUACACGAGUGCCGUCAAAAUUGUCACAAUGACGAGGUGGAGAUCCUCGUUGUGGGCAUGAAGUGCGACGUGCAAGAGACGGAGCGGGAGGUGCCGGAAGAAGAAGGACGGACGUGGGCGAGAGCGCACGGCCUCGGGUUUAUGGAGGCGUCGGCCAAGACGGCGACAAAUGUCGAGCAGGCGUUUGCGGUGACGGCGACGACGAUAUUGCAGAAUUAUGAUUACUCGAGUCAUAAGGUGGGUCGGAGUUCGGGGGCAAGUGUCGCCGUGUCGGUGGAUGCUGCAGCUGCUGCUGUGGAGCAUCAAGCAACACCGACAACGUCCGGGUGUUGCGGUGGAUGA